UCUGUUUAACAGACUCGGGUCCAGAGUUCCAUGAGGUUGUUCGCUGUCCGGGUUUGGUAGCUUCACAAACACAGAUGGAUGAAAAACUACUCAAGGAAAAUGGAGAGGCUUUACCGACACAGGAGGAGGAGAUGGAGGUUACCGAGACAACACAACCUGUUAGUCUCACUGUAACCUCUGACGGUGAGGACCUGUCAUCAAAUACACAAACACAGUCGGAUGAAAAACUAGCUGUACUUACAGACUCUACUGCAGCGUUGCUUUCUUUGACCACUGUGUGUAAGACAGAGGAGUGUGAUGAUGAUGACUCCGAGGAUUCAGACAGUGACAGCUCCUCCUCUUCCUCCUCAUCGUCCUCUUCUUCCUCGUCCUCCUCUUCUCCCUCUGCCCCAGUAUUUGAGGAUGACGACGAUGAGGGUUUCAGCCAACCAGCCCCCAUCAAAACCAGAGACGAAGUCCUGCUCGAGGAGCUGCCAGCAGUAGAGGAGGUGUGUGUGUCGUUACCAGAGGAUGCAGAGCUGCAGCCUGUAGGAACAGUCUCCAGUAUCAUACAGCAGCUUGUGAUCAUCCAGUCUCUGAAAGACACGCCCCCUCUGACUGAUGACAGCAUCAUCUUUACGUCUGAUAGGCAGGCGGUGGGCAAGGUGUUCGAGGUGUUCGGUCCAGUCACCAGCCCACUGUAUAUUCUGCGUCUGAACUCGCUGGAUCAGAUAAGCACCAAGCAGCUGACGGAAGGAAUGACUGUUUAUUACGCACCAGCCAUCAAAGAGUACACAGGAUACAUCCUCACACAACAGCUUAAACUUUUAAAGGGAUCUGAUGCAUCGUGGAAGAACGAUCAGGAACCACCUGAAGAGGCUUUAGAUUACAGUGAUGAUGAGAAAGAGCAGGAGGCAAAGAGGAAGGUGAAAAACUCCAAGAAGAGGCGGGAUAAUAACAAUACAGAUAAUCCUGCUCAAAUUAUCCAGAACACUUUGCAGCAGCAGCAGCAGCAGCAGCACCGUGACGUCAGGGGUUUCCCACCAAGACACGCAGGGCCUUCAUUUAGGCACCAGAACCCGAGGAACAAACAGCCUCCAUUCAGACACACACACACACAUACACUAUCCCAACACACAGACGUGCCUCCCAUGAACCUCCCGCCUCUCUGCCCUUACCCUCCUCCCCUUCCUCACCAUUUUCCCCCGCCCAGCUUCCCUUUCUACCCUCCUCCUCCGUCUUUCUUCAAUCCAUCCUUCUCCUCUCCUCUCUGGCCGCCAAACUCUUUCCCUUACUCUGACCUCCUUCCCCCCCCUCCUCCUCCCCCUCCUCCUCCUCCGCCUCAGUGACACCUAACAGACACUCCGUAAGUGUACACACACUUCCUUCAGUGAGUUUAUGUUUUGGUCUUGUUAGAAGAAUGUGUCUUCUGUCUGUUGACUGUCGGACGGACACAUCAUCCACGUGUAUCAAUCAUGUUUAUCAGUCUGCGUCGUCACGGAUUAUAAAAUAAAAUGUAAACUUCAUGUAGCUGAUGGGGCCAAGUGAUGGAACCACCUACUGUUGUAUUUUAAAGUUUAUGAUUUAAAACUUUAUUCUAAUUAUUUCGACCUCCUGUGGGAACAAGGAAAGUCGCCCCUGAUCAAAAUCAACUUUUAUUUUCUUUUUAUUACGUGCCGUUUACACCUUGUUCACACGCAUUUACUGAAACACUGGAGAGGCUUUGUGAAGUUUGUGAAAUAUCACGUGUGACAACCAGUCACACGUGAUAUGAAACAUUAGCACUUAGUUUCUUCAUGAUAUAACUUCACUGAGCUGGUGCGACUUAUGAAAGAACCCAUGUGAGGAAACGCAUCAAUCGGAAGUUCCUCUUUCACCAGUGUUAUGAAAAACUGCAGAACAACAGCUGAGUGUGUAAAUGACAUGCCCACAGUGUAAAUACAUGUGUGUGAACGAGGUGUGAGCUCUACAUGUUUCUCCUGACCUCUCUGGCCCUGUUUAGACCUGGUAUUAACGUCUGUCUCAGGUGAUCCAAUCACCAGUGGACAGCUUUAAGCUCAGGUGUGAACACACCCAAGACGCAUUGAGGACGCAUUUGAGAUCUGAUCACUCAGACCACAUUCAGAGGAGGUCUGGACCACAUGAGACCACAUUCUUUUAGCAGUGUGAACGUGAAUGUGUCCAGGACCACACUGAAGGACCAACUACUCUACUGACCUCCUCUGUCACAGUCUGAUUAGUCCCGACACAGUUUAUAAUGAACGGAAAAUAUUUUACUAUUUCAAGUGGAUAAAUCCUGCUUUCACGGUUGAACUGUGCACAGCGCAUUGAUUCACUGAACCCCUCUGUGCCCCACUUGUUCUCUCUCUCUCUCUCUCUCUCUCUCUCUCACUCACUCACUCACUCACUCACUCACUCACUCACUCACUCACUCACUCACUCACUCACUCACUCACUCACUCACUCUCUCACUCACUCACUCACUCACUCACUCACUCACUCACUCACAGAAACAUUUUAAAUUCAGGUGUGAAGUGAAGAGGUUAAUGGGACUCGUCAUGAAACAUGUUUAAACGUGGGUAUUAAGUAUCUGAGAGUCACAUGGUGUCAUUCUGUGACGGCUGAGUAGAGCAACAGGCAGGUCAUGUAGAGUGAGAUGAAUUGUUGGCUUGUGUAUGUGGUUUUCACCUGAAGGAGAAUCGUGCGUUUUGAAAUAGUUAGAAUAGUGUGUGUGACGAGUGCUGCCAUCAGUGUUCCAUAGGAGAUCACAGUCACAUCAGUUUCCUUCACACAGGCUUGUAUUUACACAAUGGACCCGCUGAGUCAGUGAUAUUGAUCAUCUGAGAAAAAAAUGAUGUCAUGCAGGCAGAGUUUUAUUGUUUCAUUAUAGUUCCGCAAAUUUUAAUUUCCGAUGUAGUCGUGCUGUUUGUGUUUUAGUUACUGCAGAAAAUGUUUUUUUUUCGUUUGAACAUUUAAAGUUUAAAUAACAACAUAAACAGUUGAGACUCAGGCUUUGUUAUUUAAAUGUACCACAGUGUGUUCUGGUCCCGUCUCAUCUGUAACAUCUUCUUUUGACACAGUCAGAGAACAGAAGGCAAGUGAUGACUUUGGACUCUGGAGGUUUUUAAUGUGAACUCAGUUACAGCCACAUGUACACCUGCUUGGGCAUACGUUGUCCACUAAUGUUGGAGUUUCAGGUGUGAACAGAGAGAUGUGAACAUGAAUUGAAAUAUGGGCGUGAUAUUGUACAUAUUCCUUUUUUUUUGUACCAGACUACUUUGUAAAUGUUUGCACCAUUUCAAGAGCUGAGGAAUAAAUGUGUCAGUGUGUUUGAGCCACA